CCUGUACUGACGUAGGAUUUGCCGGCGUAUGCCUUUUUCCCCCAGAAUACAUUCACACUGACACCUAGCUAGUUAGGCUAGCUAACUACGUUUCCCCACCCCGUCUGGGCUUUUGCCAAUCGAAGACGAUGAGGCUGAAAAAGAUCCUGAGGACGGCACAUCAGGCAUGGAGCCCUGCCGCACUACAUCCUACCUACCUGGCAGCAGGCACUUCAGCUCAGCAGCUGGAUGCAUCCUUCAGCACCAGUGCAGCGCUGGAGAUUUUUGAAAUGGAUUUUGCCGAUCCCUCUCAGGAGAUGAAGCUCAGAGGAGCUCUCUCCACCACUAACAGGUUUCACAGCCUAAUCUGGGUGAAUUUUGGAAUGGGAACUGAUGGGUCCGCUGGGAGGCUCAUCGGAGGCAGUGAAAACGGUGCGCUAACAGUUUACAGUCCAGAGGAAAUCCUGGCAUCUGGAGACGCCGCCAUAAUCGGCCAGUCUGAAAAACACUCCGGUCCCGUGCGAGCUCUAGACUUCAAUCCUUUUCAGAGCAAUCUGUUGGCAUCAGGAGCAAAUGAUUCAGAGAUAUAUAUCUGGGAUUUGAAUAACUUCAGCAACCCAAUGACACCAGGAGCAAAGUCUCAGCUGUGUGAGCCUCUUGAAGACAUCAGUGUGGUUGCAUGGAACAGGCAGGUGCAGCACAUUCUGGCCUCCGCGAACCCCAGUGGCAAAGCGGUCGUCUGGGACCUGAGAAAGAAUGAGCCCAUCAUAAAAAUCAGUGACCAUAGCAACAGGAUGCACUGUUCUGGCAUGCUGUGGCACCCAGAAGUUGCCACACAGCUGGUGCUGGCCUCUGAAGAUGACCGCCUGCCAGUCAUCCAGAUGUGGGACCUACGGUUUGCUACAUCCCCCCUGAAGGUCCUGGAGAGCCACACGAGGGGAAUCCUCUCCAUCUCUUGGAGCCAAGCUGACCCCGAGCUGCUUCUCAGCAGCGCGAAGGACAACCGCAUCCUGUGCUGGAACCCCACAAACGGAGAGGUGAUUUAUGAGCUCCCCACCACGAAUCAGUGGUGCUUCAAUGUCCAGUGGUGCCCAAGGAAUCCAGCUCUUCUCUCGGCCGCCUCGUUCGAUGGGCGGAUCAGCGUCUACUCAGUCAUGGGAGGAAGCCUGGAUGCUCAGCAGCAAAGCAGCGCUGAUAAGAUCUCUGCUUCCUUCGACACCAUGGACCCCUUUGGAACAGGACAGGUGCUCCCUCCCCUGCAGGUGCCCCAGCCCACAGCCAAGCCCACGGUGGUUCCUCCCCUGAAAAAGCCACCCAAGUGGGUGCGCAGGCCUGUGGGGGCCUCCUUCGCUUUUGGGGGGAAGCUGAUCACCUUCGAGAACCUGAAGCCACCCCAGCAGCAGGGCCCGCAGGCUGUCCCCAGGCAGGUGUUCGUCAGCCAGGUCGUCACGGAGACCGAGUUCCUCCAGCGUUCCGGCGAGCUGCAGGCGGCUCUGCAGGCUGGCUCCUUCUCCAGCUACUGCCAGGCCAAGAUCACCAACGCACCCAGCGACUCUGAGCAGGACAUCUGGAGGUUCCUCAAGGUUAACUUUGAAGACGAUGCCCGUGUUAAGUUUCUCAGGCUUCUGGGUUUCAGUAAAGAUGAGCUUGAAAAAAAGAUAUCAUCCAGUUUGGGGAAGGACAUCUGUGCUAACGGUCACGGUGUGGAUGCUAAUGAUCUGGCUGAAAAGAUGCAGCUCCUCUCUGCUCAGCAGUUGGAUGAGUCCGGUGCUGCCGCAGACGCCCUGUCCACUCCGUCAGACUUCUUCAGUAACCUGCCCAAUGACAAGCCCAGCUUCCAGAUCCCUGUAUCUGCAGACACCGAUGGCCUGAUCAGCCAGGCGCUUCUGGUGGGCAAUUUUGAGGGAGCGGUGGAUCUGUGCCUGAAUGACGGGCGCUUUGCCGAGGCAAUCCUCCUGGCCAUCAGUGGAGGAGAGGAGCUGCUGAAAAAGACCCAGCAGAGAUACCUGGACAAGCAGAAGAGCAGCAUCUCUAAGCUCAUCUCGUCAGUCGUCACCCAGAACUGGAGGGAUAUUGUGCAGAGCUGCGAUCUGGACAACUGGAAGGAGGCCCUGGCAGCUCUCCUGACCUACACCCGCCCUGAGGAGUUCGCCGAGCUGUGUGAUGCUCUGGGGGCUCGUCUGGAGCACGAGGGCACCGAGAAGCACUGUCUCCAGGCCUGCCUGUGUUACAUCUGCUCUGGAAACAUUGAGAAACUAGUGGAGUGCUGGGCCCUGAAGAAAGACUGCUCGUCCCCGCUGGCCCUGGAGGAGCUGGUGGAGAAGGUGAUGGUCCUGCGCAAGUCGAUAGAGCGCCUGAGGAACAGCGAGGUGGCCGCGCAGAGCCCCGUCCUGGCCGACAAACUGACCCACUACGCCGGCCUGCUGGCCUCCCAGGGUAGCCUGGCCGCUGCCAUGAGCUACCUGCCAGCAGGGUCAAAUCAGGCGGCCAUCAUGAUGUUGAGGGACAGGCUGUUCCAUGCUCAGGGAGAGGCCGCAGAGGGCCAGGCUCCGCCUUGCCCUUACAACAAAGUCUCCAUAGGGGGUGCCACAAAUACUCCAGCUCCUGCCCCUGCACAACCAGCCGCACAGAAGCCACAAAAACCAGGGCAGUACCAGCCCAUGGUACCCACUCAGAUGGGAGAUGCAGGACAGCCUCCUAUGCCCACGGUUUUCACUCCUCGGGCUCUCCCCACAGAGUCCGUGCCCCCCUUUUCUUACUCGGGGAUGCCGCCCACCUCCCACAUGGCCACACACAGCCUGUCCCGUACGGGACCGCGCCCGGCAUACCCCCAGCAUCCUGCCACUGCUCCAGGGUUCCCUCCUGUUCAGCCAUUCAAUCCCGCGGCCGUGUCAGCCUCUUUCCCCCCUCGUCCCGCAAUGCCUGGGUCCAACCUGUCGGGGCCUCCACUGCCCUCAGCCUCUACCCCCGGCAGCCUUCCCAUAAUGCCCAGCCCGGGCCUGCCUCAGCCAAGCUUCAUGCCACCUGCCUCCCUACCCUCGGGGCCGGUGCCGCCCAGCUCUCAGGCUGGAGCUCCCGUCCCCAUGUACCCAGGGGGCUCUCAUUCCCAGGGCCCCGCCCCGCCGCUGGCCUCGGGCCCCUACCACCCCAUGGCACCAGGAUACCCGCCAGGUGGCCCUGGAGCCCCAGCUGCAAAGCCUUUCUCCACUCCUGCAGUUCCCCCACCACCCACAGGAUACUUUCCAUGGCUGGAGUCCCGUUGUGAGGAUGAAGGUUCUCAGGAAGGCUGGAACGACCCCCCUGCCGUACGAGGAGGGCCUAGAAAGAAGAAGCUGCCAGACAACUACACCCCACCAGCGCCCAUCACGGCCCCAGUGAUGGGGUUACCCAUGGAGCCGGCCCACCCCCACGAGGGCAUGCAGGCGCCGCCCGGAGCCCCCCAGGAGCCCAGCGUCCAGCUCCUCCAGCAGCUCCCGGCCGAGAGGGUGGAGCAGAGGGACAUCCCCGCCGACCACCUGGUCCUGAAGACCACCUUCGACGGGCUGGUGCAGCGCUGCCAGCUGGCUGCGGGGGACCCGCAAACGAAGAGAAAACUCGACGACGCAUCGAAACGUCUCGAGCACCUAUACGACAAGUUGCGAGAUCAAACGCUAUCUCCCAGCAUCCUCGCCGGGCUGCAUGAGGUAAGCCGCUGCAUCGAGAGCCGCAACUACCAGCACGCCCUGGCCGUCCACACCCAGAUCGUAAGCAGCAGCAACUUCAGCGAGAUCUCCGCCUUCAUGCCAAUCCUGAAAGUGGUCAUGACCAUCGCCAACAAGCUCAGCAUCUGACAACAGGAAAAACAAAAAUGAAAAACAAACAAGCAAAACUUCAGUGUUAAAGAUCUUUAAGUUAUAAAUACAUAGAUAUUUUUUGAGCUGUUGAGAUGUGCUUUGGUGCUUUAAAUAAUAACAUGCUGCAGACUCCAGGAAUUCAUUUAACUUUUUCGCAAAGUUGUUUCAUGACACGUGCAAGGCGCACUGCUAAAGGGCUUUUAGUUGGGUAGCAGUUAUUCUCGGCAAACCUUCAUUUAUUUUGCUACGUGUAAUUGCAAUCAAUGGAGAAAGGGUGCUGAAGGUUUGAGUGAGGAGGAAUCCGGGCGGCGUGGUGUAGGAUUUGAGUCUGAGCCGUGCACUCUGACUCUGGAAAAGAUGGGAGCCGAUACGGCCUCACAGGGUUUCAGAGAGACAGGCAGUCUGGGAGAGCUUCUGAAAAUAUGUUGGGGUAAGUGUCAGUACCAGACUAUUCACUGGAUUACAUAGGCAAAGGCAUGAAGCCAGUUAUUACAACACAAACCAAACAAGGGAGAGUGUGUGAGUGCAUGCGUGCGUGCAUGUGUGUGUGUGUAUGUGUGCGUGCGUGUAUGUGUGCCCUCUUAGUAACCAGUGCAGGUUUGGAACCAGUGCAAUGGUAGACUGCAACUAAAUAAUUCUAAAUAAACAAAAAUUACUCAUUCAAAAAUUGUUCAUAGAUACAUACUGUACCAUACCAUUUUUUUCAGAUUUAUUGUAAAAUUCCAAAAAGCAAGAUGGCAACCAAUUUUGCCAUCUUCUAUCUAGAGCAUUACACAGGGUUUUUUUGUUAAAAGAGAAUAGAUUUGUUGUUUGGUUAGAUGUUAGUCAUCAAUGUCUUGUGCAGCUAUGGGACUUAACAAUGCAAGGGGGUUUAACCGCUGGUGUUACUGUAACAGCUCGUUGUGUCCUCAGACUUUUUCUAGAAUUGCCAAGAGUGAUUGCUGUGAAGGCUGAAUUGUGUCCAUGCUUUCAGUGUAUGAAUUUAAUGUACCCCAGUUUCUAUGGCUGUGCCUUAGUUGCAUUGGAGUAUAUAGUCAUUUUCAUUUGUAACAUUUUGUGCUGAAUAUAUAUUAUCAAGUCGAAGGAACAUAAUAUUACU